GUUCAGCCACUGUAAAUCUUUAUGACCGUAUUCAUAGUCCAACGUUCCUUGGGGCAUUUUGUCCCCUGAAGAGCAAGUUUUUAUAUUUUAUAAGAAGCGUUCACUCCGUUCGACUCCCUUUCUAAAUACUGGACUCCAAAUGAUAAGGUCCAAACAUAAUACAAAAAGAUUGUUGCUUUCUUUGUUUACCAGAGGACCACUCCUUUCCUGAGAAGAUGCCUACAGCGAAGAAGACCCUGACGUUCUUAUCGAGCUUUCUCACAUGCUUUGGGGCGUUCAUCGUAGUCUGCGCCAUGCUUGGGACCCAAGAAUGGGUCAGCAGCAGAAUCGCCGUCAGCGACUCGUCUUCGAACGGUAGUCUCGUUAUUGCCUAUGGACUCUUCCGUGGGAACAGUCGUCAGGAAUUCAGUCAUGGACUUGAGGAGUCAAAGAAGGACUUUGGAGUUCUAGAGAAACUGAACAGUUCUUCCCAAAGAACGCUGCAUUUGGUGGUUAUCCUGGUCCUGGUCCUCAGCCUGUGCACGCUGCUGCUCAGCUCCGGGCUCACCUUCUACAACAGCAUCAGCAACCCCUAUCAGACGUUCUUGGGGCCUGUGGGCGUGUACACCGGGAGUGGACUUGGUGCUUUCUUCGUUUUCGUGGCCAUGAUACUGUUCGUGGGGAACACACAAUCCAACCAUCUCUCGGAAGACCUGGCCCGGGCGCUGUACCCAUUGUAUCCGGCGGCCGCCUACGGAGGAACGACCCACAGCUACGGGUACUCGUUCUGGCUCACGCUGCCUGUCAUUCUUCUAAGUAUUGACUCCGUGGUCAUCGUUGUUUUCUACCAGAAAGCCAGAUACCAGCGAAAGCAGGAGCAGAGAAAGCCCAUGGAAUGUGCUCCGAGAGAUGGAAUUUUAUUCUGAAUUUGACGUUUUGUUGUUUAGUUGUUAGGUCUAUUCUAUUGUACGUCAGCUCUGGGGCGGUGACUGGCUCGCUUGUCUGGACAAUCAGCAAGGUUAAGUGCGGCCCUGGUUGACUGCCACUUUGUGAUCGUUUUGUAUCUCAUGACGUCCCAUAAAUGAUGUCACCCUGCAAAGGGGUCUUCCCACUGGGGCGGGGAAGAUGAAGGGGGAAUCUCUCCAGUCCACGCAGCAUUCAGCGCGGUAGAAUGACCCCAAGGCUAUGGAACCCCCCGACCUGGUCCCACUCUCUAAGACAAUAAAGGUUUGUGGCUUAUACCUUGCCUUUAAGUAGCUCAGAGCACGUGAGCCCCUAGCACCUCUUUCUCCUCAGGAGGGACCAGGUACUUUUAUUCCGCUGUAUGAAUGAAGACUCCAGGUACAGAGAGACUCUGAACUCAUCUACCCAGGACAAGGUGUUGGAGGCAAAAGGUGGGCGAAAGUCUGGAACAAAUACCCUGGUCCUUUGGACCCCUGGUUCCUGACAUAAUCCAAACCCAGUGGUGGGUAUAAGUGCUGACAUAGGACCUUCAAACCUAUUUUUGAGGUUCCAAGGAGCAGAUUUUGGUAUGGAAGAGAGGAGGAAGUGAGAAGAUUUAAGAUAAAAAUUAUAAGCCUAUAGCCUUCACACUAGGGAGGCUAAAUGUAUUUUUAGUUUAAAAGCUUUAUGGUGAGAUAGUCAAAAGGGAAAUGUAACGUUGCAAUGAGUUCUAGGAAUAAGCCUUUGCUGUGGACAUGGUAGGGUUGGCCGGAGUCGAUCAGCCAUCAGCAAAUGCCAGUCCUGCCAGAGGUCUAGAGCACCGGGUUCGCAGUGAAGGCUGGGCAGAUGGAGAACACAGCAUCACAGAUGCUGGGCUGCCCUCUAAGAACGGGUGGGUCAGACUGGUUUGCAGACUCAAAAGAACUCAGUGGGCCACCAGGAAAAUUUUGAAGACCUCUGGAAUGGAUUAGACCUACUUGGCCGGGAGGAUAUACUUCCAGAUAGUCCCUUUGAGGAUCUUUUGUGAUUGACUCUCCCACAAGUCAGCCCGGUUGAACAUUGACAGGAUUCUGAAAUCAUGACCCGUCAUGUCUUGAUUGAACCAAAGUCAAACGGAGCAGAAAUUUAGUGUAAUUUAUACUCUUAGUGUAACUUACAAAGCAGCUGCUCUUUGGACGGAAAGAUCUUUAUGAAGCUAUUUGGGAUUCACAACUUCUUAUCUACUAUUUUUUAACAAUCUUUCUUAGAAUUAAUAUUCUUCAUUCAAGAAACGCCCACCGAAUGCAUCUGAUGUGAUUAGCCAUGUGCUAAUGCGGCCGGGCUUACUGUGGAGAAGUC